CAAACGCAAAGAAACCAUCGACAGGCUUGAUGGGACCGUGGUUCUCCUGAACGUAUGAAGGCCGACAUGGUACACCUGGCUUCUGCACCUUGCGAGCAGGAGCAAAGUCGAGGUUGAACAAGCCCGCCUUGGACCAGUUGGAGAAGCCAAUCUGGGCCAUGCCGCCGUCGCCAAAGAUGACAAUUGGGAGACCAGGCCCUUCACGCACCAUGGCGUAGUAGGCCUCGUGCUGAGCCCGGGUGCCUUGUUCGUUGAUGGCCCGCCGCACUUGUCUCGCGAGCCAACUGAGGGGCUUGGUGUUGACGUCACCAGCAGUGACGAGAACGUUGCCCCAACCGAAAGCAUUGCCGACAUAGGGACUCUUGGAUGCCUCAGGGAUCAGGUCACCUUCGAAUGCCUUACGGAGCGACAUGGCAAUGGAUCCAGCCACUGUCCUGUUGGGGUCCAUGUCCUGGGGCCCGACAACUGACUUCAUCGUCCAGGCAGUGAGGAUGUCGCCUUCAGUCAGGAAGACCUUGGAUGGGUCCUCGCCCUUUUCGGUUGCUUCAGCCCGGAGCUCCUCGAUUGCUUUCUCCAUCUGCGUCUUCCAAUACGAUUGCGGAAUGCACACCAUGCGGUUUUCCUUGGCCCGUGCCAACAUAUCGAAGCCAUAUCCGAGACCCCAUUUGAGCAUACCGCCAAUUCCAACCUUCUUGUCCAUCAACAGAUGGGGCUCUGUUGGCUGUCGGGUUCCUUUAGCCAAAGCCUCGAACGGGUCGCUGUCCAAACCGCAGGGUGUGGGAAUCUCGUGCUCCUUGCCCCAGAGCAUGUUGCUCCAGCCCUCGAUGACAUAUUGCAUACCCAACGCAUCGAAGGCAACAUGCUGCCAUUGGAGAACGGCAAUGGUUUUGUCGGUGAAAGAGUUGACACGCAGACCUAGGACGGGCAUGUCAGAAGUGAGAUAAUCGCUGAUGCCGCCGGGCCUGUAACCAGGCUCGAAAGCCAAAUCAGCGAGGUCGUCAGGGUCCGCGACAACCGCCGGCCUAGUGGACGGUUGCGGGAUUCGCGAGGCAGCUGGGUGCUGGGCGGCGGGGACUCCGUGAUCGACAUGGGCGUAGUUGAUGAUGGGACGGUCAGCUGAGAAGACAGUAGGGAUAUGCCACUCGAUCGCUCCGGUUGUUGGGUUCUUCCGGAGACGUCCUCCAAGUCUCUGCCAGCCUUCCCUCUUCACAAGACCCUCGAGGGCUUGCUUCAACUUUUCUGGCUCCAACACAUCGUCGAACACAAGAGAUACGGCCAUGUUGUUGCCCUGCACCAGCGGGCCGCUCUCGAAGAAAUGGAGCGGCACCACCCGGUCGGUAUCGACCGUUGGGACGGGUGGCUUCCCGCUACCGAAUAGUUUGUUCAUCUUUGUCAGCGGAUCGAAAGAAAUGAGCGACUGCCGUUGCUGAGAGCGGGCCAGAAUCGAAAUCGUCAGAGAAAUAGGGGGAAUAGGCAGAGGAUAUCGCCACAGAAAGAAAACACAGAGUCGCAGCCUUCAAUCUCGUCAACGUCUUUGUUUCUUUUUAUCAGCUUCUCUUGCAACGCAACGACACGGGGGAAUCGUGCGAGUAAAUCAUCGUCUUUGGCCACGACGAAACCACAAUUUCGGCCUCUCGGGGCCCUCGGUCCACGGAAUCAUUGCCCUGCGGUCCAUCGUGUGGCCUCGCUUCUGGGAACGAUAGCCCCCUUGGAGUUUGGGGGUGCCUGGCAUCUCGUCCCCCAGACAAGGGCUCUGCAGAUGUGAUUUUGCUUCUGCUGAUGCCGUUAACCGUUUUCGGUAGCCGCUACGAAUUUGCUGCAGCCAACAUCACGCUACGGCGUGGGAAAAGGGGUGUUUUCGUUGCUUUCCUGGAUUCCUGGGACGGUUGCCCCUUUUCCCCGGCUGAUGAUCUCUGGCAAUUCAUCGUUUCCUGUCAACCACUGCCAGCAAAAUGGCAACACGGGGAACCCGGCCGCCUGGCCCCGGUCCCUACCGCAUGCCUGCCGAGCCGAAACUAACGUGACGGCGCCGUCGCCCGUCGCACGGAUUAUGGGUCCCGUACUCGGGUCCCACUCUCAGUCGUUCCUCGGUGCCAAACCGUGGGAUUGGGAGUGGGAUAUGAGGGAAACUCAGGGAAAUCGCCAAUUGCGAUUCGUUUCAAACCUCUGCUUCUUUCCAGUAGCGCGGAACUAUCAACCCACUUUCUGCAUGCCAAAUCACCUUUUGUUCAACCAGCAAUAGAACUUCAAGACCAUGAUCCUGGAGCUACACUACCGAGGAAUCGAGAAGCGACGGAAGGCACAACCGAAUUUGCUUUUUCUAAAACUCUUCUCAGCAAGGGUCCUUGUCGCCCUCGUGCCACCCAGGUGAAGAUGGCCUUGUCCGAGCUAGAUUUGCAACAAAACUGGGCUCAUGCCCAUCUUGGGACUGGAAUCUGGAGUUGAUCCUUGUGGACUAUGUUUAUGACGGUUAUUAUACGGCCAAAACACCAUCGAAUUCUGACGGCACCGAGACUUGACGACAAGAUAGUGACAGAGAGGAAAAGGCAGACGACACAGAAAAGAUGGAUCCCAGUCUCCUCCCAGAACCGACCCAGGAUAUUGGGCAGUUGGGUGCCCCGUACAAUGACCUUCAAAUCGGCACAAUGGUCGCCUUUGGGAUAACAUACUUCAUGGCGACAUUCUUCCUGGCUUGCCGAUAUUUCCAGGCCAUCAAGAUAGUAAAGAACGUCGAGAUCGAUUUGAUCAUCUUGACACUAUGUUAUGGCCUUGCACUAGCCUACUUCAUCACCAUGGUUAAGCUGAUGGACUAUGGGUGGGCGCGACACAUGACGGAGAUCUUUGCGUCCAACUGGAUGAACCUCCUCGAGUUCAACAACAAGCUGCUCCCCAACACGCUUAUCUAUCUCAUCACACCGGCUGUGACCAAGAUGGCCAUGUUGACUGUCUUGUUCAAGAUCAAUCCUUCGGUCACAUACCGUAUCUGCGUUGUGGUUAUUGGAGUAUGCAUUUUUGCCUACACUUUGGUGCUGACCUACCUGACCGGAGGGCCCUGCACGCCGCUCAAGGGUGACGAGACGAUCAAGUGCUUGAUGAACGUUGCCAUUUCGCAGUCAGUGUUGAACAUUGCGUCUGACAUUGCCGUCAUCUUGCUUCCCAUUCCCACCAUUAUCAGCUUGCAGCUGAGCUUCAAGCAGAAGUUAUCUGUAGGAGGUAUUUUGGCUCUGGGCUCUGCUGUCGUCAUCUGCUCCAUUGCGCGCCUGCCCUAUUCCAUCUCCCUCGGGUCAUCAGAUGAUCUCUCCUGGGAAGAAGGCAUUCUCGGCAUCUGGUCCAUCGUGGAGGUUAACAUCGGCAUCGUCUGCGGCUGCGCCAUGAGACUCAAGAAGCUUGUCACGGCCUACCUGCCCAGAAUGGGCUGGAACAGCUCGCAAAAGAAGUCGACGCCGUACGGCAGUUCAUGGGGUGGCACCACUGCUGCGGGGUCAAAAGGUGGAAACAAGACUUUUGACGAGGCAAACGGUUUAAAGGGUGAUUACCAAUUACACAGCGUGCAGAAGGGUGGUCUUGAAGCCGGGAGCACGGAUACGAUUCUGAAAUAAGGCAUCACCGAAGGAGGGGUGUUGAUGAGGAGUCAAGGGCACAUACAUGAACACAAGGGACAACAACAACAAGAACAGGACCGAAGGACAAGGAACAACAAACGUGUCGACGGGAUGGGACAGAUAUGGAGGGUAAAAUUGGGGUAGGAGCGUUUGUUAUUUUUUUGCCUUGCUCAGGUAUGCGUUUUUGGGUUUGGGGGUAGGCCCCGAUUAAAAGAAGAGAAUGUUUUCUUUGUGUAAUAGUAGUAUGGUCAUAGACUUGGAAAGUUUAGAGAGACAACAACAAUCAAGUAAAUUUAAAACAAAUGAGCUUGCCUCUAUUGUGACGAAUGCUCACUGGGAAGGACAUAAGCGCAGCGUAGGGACACUCGCUAGCUUGUUGAAGUCCCCAAUGUCAGUCUGCUUACAUAUUGGUCGACUAAGAACACGGCUGGCUGGACCGUCAACUACAAACAAUAAUGUAUUCUUCCUCAGCAAAGUUCUAAUUAUCUCGGGCGGUGAUAGGCUUAUGAGUUUU